GUUUCCUUGAGGGCCCAGAAUUCAAGCAGCUGUCGGCAGAAUUUAGAGGCCAGCCCCAGUGUCCAUUCUGUUCAACAAAAAUCACGAACAGUGUUGAGCUGUGCUGACUUCCAGCGUCGUGUUAUGACGCACUUGAGCAUCCUAAGGCACAACCAGACUGAAAUGCUGGAGAUGCUAGCGGCUGACCAACGGAGGCGUUGCGACUCAGAAUUGGAAAUGCUGCAGCAGCCUGAGCCAUCCCUGCGAAGCCCCUUAAAGAAUGUGCAGGAGGUUUUGGACUUCAAUGAGUCUCGCACUGAAGCUACCACAGAAGCUCUGGUUCGUGACCUUAUGUCCUACGGCUCAAGGACGUUAAAUUUGACCGUGAAGGGCAUGAUGGCCUACAUUAUGAGCAGUGAAGCUGCAUGCGAGUUCAGCAUGGAUGGCCGCAAAGGCAAGCUCAAGUUCAGAGAACUUAAGUUCACCAAAAUUGUGUUCUCGGCUGCUCGGCGGACACGCCACCACAAAGAAUGUACACUGGAAGAAGUUGUUAUCCAAAUAAAGGAGUGGCUGCGCAGGGCCAAGGAAAGGUGUGCACCCAGGGAAAAGAGGUCUGGAAUGCAGGACCAAUGACCCUCUUUUUUUUUCUGAAGCAAGAAUGGGCACAUUGUGCGAAACUGUACAAUUGAAAAUAAAAUCUGAUUCCGUCUAAUGUUUUGUUCAUGUAUACCACAUUGCAGGAAUGCAGCCAUGACAGUGUAGCACGGCUGUUAGGUGCAUAUACUCAAAGCUUGGAACCAGCAUUAAAAUGAUUCACUAUCACCAAUUAUUUAUAGAAGUUAAUUUGUUGUGUUUGUACUAAGACUUUUUACUUAACACUGCUAUUUUCAAUGAUACAUUUGGACUAGACGUUCAGCAGAGAAAAGUUGUAGUCUUUUUAUGAGCGAUAGAUUGAUUAUAUGCUUCCAUUUUUAUAUUACUUUUUUUGCCUAGUAUUAAAAUGCAUAUCAGCAGGAGUUCCAUAUAUAUAGAAAAUUUAAAUAGACUUCGUAGUACAGUUGAUUUCUGAACAUGUCAGUUAAUUUCAGCUGAUAACAAGAACUAAUAAAUGCACGAUAUACCACAGAAAUGCACAUUAGAAGAUGAAUAUACAAGCAUAUAUAUCUUUAAUACUCGGACAUGAAGUGCACAUCUUAAAAGGCCCCACAACCAGCUCCGAUAAU